GGCACUCCGCUGGGCCCGGGACCCGCCGGCGGCGGCGAGACACGGGGGCUGCGGCGCCGCCCGCCCGUCCCGCCAGGAGAGUCCGGCUGCCGCGCGCCGUCCGCACACGCCACCGCCACCGCAGCCAUGGGCUCCUGAGGACUCAAAAUCAACAGGCAAUAAAGUAGAUGGCUUUGGUGCUGAGCUUGGUGCUGGGGACUGAAUGAUGGAAAUGUGGUCUUGCCUCGAAGAGUGGACAGCCCCAGGAGGAGAAGCACACGAGCAAGUGACAGGGCUGCAUGUUACACAGAAGCACAAAGGCCAGCUCCUCGCUUCCUGCAAGAGUUUCUCUCAGGGACCCCCUGCUGCCAGGCACCAUGACGGUGAGGGGGGCCGCACUGGCCCCGGAUCCAGUGUCGCCCACGACCGUGGCAGCCUCGCCCAGUGUCUCUGUGACCCCUGAGGGCAGCCCCACGGCCAUGGAGCAGCCUGUGUUCCUGAUGACAACUGCCGCGCAGGCCAUCUCUGGCUUCUUCGUCUGGACGGCCCUGCUCAUCACCUGCCACCAGAUCUACAUGCACCUGCGCUGCUACAGCUGCCCCAACGAGCAGCGCUACAUCGUCCGCAUCCUGUUCAUCGUGCCCAUCUACGCCUUCGACUCCUGGCUCAGCCUUCUCUUCUUCACCAACGACCAGUACUACGUGUACUUCGGCACCGUGCGGGACUGCUACGAGGCCUUGGUCAUCUAUAAUUUCCUGAGCCUGUGCUAUGAGUACCUCGGGGGAGAAAGUUCCAUCAUGUCAGAGAUCAGAGGGAAGCCCAUCGAGUCCAGCUGUGUGUAUGGCACAUGCUGCCUCUGGCGAAAGACUUACUCCAUCGGAUUCCUGCGGUUCUGCAAGCAGGCCACCCUGCAGUUCUGCGUGGUGAAGCCACUCAUGGCUGUCAGCACCGUGGUCCUCCAGGCCUUCGGCAAGUACCGGGAUGGUGACUUUGAUGUCACCAGCGGCUACCUCUACGUGACCAUCAUCUACAACAUCUCCGUCAGCCUAGCUCUCUACGCCCUCUUCCUCUUCUACUUUGCCACCCGGGACCUGCUUAGCCCCUACAGCCCUGUCCUCAAGUUCUUCAUGGUCAAGUCCGUCAUCUUUCUCUCCUUCUGGCAAGGCAUGCUCCUGGCCAUCCUAGAGAAGUGUGGGGCCAUCCCCAAGAUCCACUCGGCCCGCGUGUCUGUGGGCGAGGGCACCGUGGCCGCCGGCUACCAGGAUUUCAUCAUCUGUGUGGAGAUGUUCUUUGCGGCUCUCGCCCUGCGGCACGCCUUCACCUACAAGGUCUAUGCUGACAAGAGGCUGGAUGCGCAAGGCCGCUGCGCCCCCAUGAAGAGCAUCUCUAGCAGCCUCAAGGAGACCAUGAACCCGCACGACAUCGUGCAGGACGCCAUCCACAACUUCUCGCCGGCCUACCAGCAGUACACCCAGCAGUCCACCCUGGAGCCCGGGCCCGCCUGGCGCGGCGGCGCCCACGGCCUCUCCCGCUCCCACAGCCUCAGUGGCGCCCGCGACAACGAGAAGACUCUCCUGCUUAGCUCUGACGACGAGUUCUAGGCGCGGCUGCUGGUGGGGAGGACUGGCGCCUCGGCUCAGGGCAGGCUGUGCUCCCCUCCGGCCUCACGCCCGGGCCGGGAGGCAGGCUGGCACAGCUUUGGCGUCGCCCGUUAAUUUAUUGGACCAGAAACACUCACAUGUCGCUUCCAAAAGAACAGCCAGAAGCUGUCUGCCCAGGGGACAGCCCAGGCUCACGACGAGCCUUCAGGAAUAUUUAUACAAGGCCACCCCCGCGCUGCUGGGCGAGGGACAGAGGAUGCGAGGAGCGACUCCCAUGCCCCCGUGGCUCGUCCUGUGGCGGCGGCACUUGGGGACCAGCCGUGGCCAUGGUGGACCGGCGGCCGCAGCCCUCUCAGCCCCAACGCGGGUCACGCGCUCCCCCGCGAGACUUCCAGCCCUGCCCCCAACACCGUGCAAUACUCUGACCUGGGCUCUUUCCUGCCUGCUCCCUCCCCUGUGCCCUCUGUCCUUGCUAGAUUAGCCUCACCUCAGGCAGCAGGGGGAGGAGGGAACCCAGAUGCUCCCGGUGGCCUCUCCUGACCCAGGGCCUGCCUGGCAUGCUGCAAGGACCAGAGCGACACCAAGAGCCACAUGGCCCACGUCAGAAGGGCGCUCAGGUGCAUCUGGGCCCCUCCUCUGUUGACGAGACCUCUCCAAGCAGGGGUCUCUGGGCCCCUGGGUGUCCUCUCCGUGGCGGCCCCUCCUGCCUGCCUCGUGCCCCUUCCUCCUGGCCUGCUGAGGGCAGCCAGCAGCCCAACUGCCCUAGCGCUUGGGGUCUGUCUUCUUGAGAGCAUUUUGGGCAGGGCCCUUGCUUCCCGGCUGCUCAAAGGGUCGACGGCUCCCAACCCUCCUUCGCGGGCUGAGCAGUGAGAACCUCCACAGGGUCCUGGCCUCUCCCUAGGGCUUCUCCUUCCCACCUCAGGGGGAGGGUCUGAGUUUCCACAUCUCAGACCAGCUUCUGGAGGAACACGGUCCUGUGGGAGGAAGGACGGAAGGAUGGGGCAUGCAGCAGGGAGCUGGGAAGUGGGAGUGGUAACCCCAGACUCCUCUUCCUGGCGCCGUAUCCACACAGGGCCUGGUGUCCUGCCUCAGCUGGCCCCUCGGCCCAUCUCUUCUGUGCCUUAGUCACAUACGAAAGCUCCCCCUUCCUAGGCCCUCAGUCUGUCUGGCCGCAGACAGCCCCUGGGGGCGCCCUAUCAAGCUACUGGCGCUCAGGAUCCUGCAGUGCUGGGCCACUCACCCUCGGACGGGCCUUAGGGGUGGCCAGGAUCACCGGUCCCCUCCCCUCGCUCACCUCCACGCCCAUACACCUGGAGCCUCCUAGGGCUGGAUGCCCCGCCCCGCCAGGCAGGCAGGGCUUAUGCCGGCCACUGUCUUUCUUCGGAAGAGCCUCUGGACAGAUAACGAUGUAACGAUCAUACAGGCGGAGCCUUCUGUCCUUUGACACCCAGAGGGCGCUGGGGUUUGGGCUGUAACAGCCUGGAGAAGGUGACAGGGUGAGGAGGGCCCUGCCCUGUGGCACCAGAACUUCACCGUGGAGUCUCUUCCUUUUCGUUCAUUACUGGAAUGAACUGUGCCAAGGGUCUGCUGGGAUGGGGGUGGGGGUGGGGUCCACGACAGCCGUCUUUCCAGGCUUCCUUUGGCCCUUGUGACCCAGCCGGCCCCCAGGUCACAGAGGCCUGCGUGCAAGGGUCCCGGAAGCCAGCUCUCGGGCCCUGUCUGGUGGGCCUGGCUCGCUGGGACCAAAGUGCCCAGGAAGGCAGCGAGUGGGAGCGGGCUGUCUGAGGAGAGUCUCCUCCCCCACUCCCACCUCUGCUUUCGCGAAUCUGUUUCUCUGACUCUCCCUCCAGGCCAAACUCCCUGCCGACUCCCUGCCCCCUCGGUCUCUGUCCGCCCUGGCACUGGCCGGCUGGCAUGGUCCGUGGGGGGACACGGAGGGGGACUCAGCGGCAAGGAGCUAGCGGCCCCCCGGGGAGAUGAGGGCCUAGGAAUGCGGGCCCGCCCACUCCACCCCUCCUUCCUAGGAUGCAUAACCUACCUUUUUUGUUUUUGUUUUUGUUUUUGUUUUUUAAUUUUUUUCCCCAAUAGAGUAGCUCUUUGUACAUAAAAGAUACUUGAAAAAUUAAUUGUAUGAUGUAUGAGAGGACAGAGUCCCCUAGUUUUGUAUCUCGUGUAUGACUGCCAUGAGUUCCACCAGAAAGCCGCUCUAUUUUGGUCUCUGACAUUUUAAAUGCGUGACAGAAGUGAGCAAAUAAAGUGAGAGAUCUAUAUAUGAGAUAAUA